AUGGAGAGAGGUCUGACUGAUGAAAAGCAUAAGCUUUUUAUAACCAAUAUUCCAACCAAAACUAGAAAGCAACUGGUCUAUGAAUUGCUCACCCAAGUAUCAAAGAUCAGCAAUCUUUAUUAUAAUCAAGACAAAGGAUAUUGCUUUGUAAGUUACGAAACUCAUGAGGAAUUGGAUUAUACCUACAAAGUUCUUCAGGGUGUCAAAUUAUAUGGAAAAAGGCUAUAUUUCAGCAAGGUUGAAGAGCAGGUGAGAGUUGUGGUAAGAAACAUAGGCCAGGAAAUAGAUGAGGUUUUUCUUUGGGAUGUUUUUAGUAAGUUUGGGCCGUGCCAUGUAGAAAUAGACGGCGAUGGCUUGGGCAUUGUUGUAUAUAGAAGAAAGGACUCUGCUAUCAAAGCCGUAGACACAGUAAACAGAAAGAUUAUAGGAUAUUCAGAGGUUUUUGUGGAGAUUGAUAAAUAA